CUGCACUGUAGGCGUUUCGCCUCUUUGUCUUCAAGUUGUCUCUUGCUCUCUCUCCCCAAUGUACACUUCGGGUUUCUCCCUUUUCGUUCUUCCUCUCAUACUUCUUGUAAUGACGAAACAUAAAAAGGAAAAGAAGGAAAGCUCUAUGAGACAUUUUUUUAUUUCUCAAAUCCUUUUCCUUGCACAUCCCUGCCACUCUUGGAAGUAUUCUAGAAAGAAAACUAAUAAGAAAAAAAAGAAAAAUAAAAAGGAGAAAAGACAAUGAAAUGAUGGGCCCUUUUUUUUUUUUUUUUUUGUGAUCAAUAAUAAAAACCUUUGGUUUUUAGAAAGCUGGACCGUGCCGUUGAACUGUGGUUUGUUGUUUACGUUUUGGAGGAAUGCUGUGUUUAAUUGUAAAAA